AUGAUGAAGAGAUGGCUAUGGAAACACAGGAAUGACAGAAAGAGGAAAAGAUAUGACUGGAUGGACUGCCCACAAAGUGCUGCAAUGUUGCAUUGCACCAUAUUAUUUCAGCUUCUUAUCUUUCACUUUUCACAGAUUGUGACAACAGAUCGAGACAUUAUGAAGAAAGAGCUGAAGAAGGUGACCCGUGAGAGGGAUGAUGCCGUGAGUCGUCUCAAUGCUGUAAGUCAGUCGGACCAGCCUGCUAACUAUGGAACUUUAGGCAAACAUGGAGUUUCAGUGAGUGACAAAAGCUUAUCAACACCUCGAGAUUAUGAGUCCAUCAAACUGCAGUGUGAAAAAGCUAUGGCUGAGGUCCAGGGACUCCUGAAGCAAAAUGUAGAUUUGACAAGGAAGUAUGAGAACUGCAUGAAAGAAGUUGACUACUACAAAAAGCAGGAAAGAGCUGCUUAUACUGCUUUACAGAAUUUGAGAAUGCAAUAUGAAGAGGUUGUGGCAGAGAAACAAAAAUUGGAGCGUGAGGUCACUUCAUUGCAAACGAUAAUGGAAGACGAUCGAAAAGAGAUCGCUGACCUUCGGCGGCAACAGCAGGAAGCUAUGUCACAAGAAGGAUCAGGAGAGGCCAUCAACCAGCUAUACAUGACCACCAUGCGCAAGUAUGAAGCCAUCAAGGAUGAAUAUGACUCAAUUAGAAAGAGGUACUCGGAUCUUGUUGCCUCACAUUCCAACAACAUUUCUAAACUGGAACUCACACAGGAAGAGGUAUCUCGCUUGAAGAAGCAGUAUGAUGAAGUUUUGCGUGAGUGUAAUGAGGCAGUGCGAGAGAAGAACUGCCUCAAACAGCAGUGUACCAAAGCAAUCACAGAAUGGGAUUCUGCACUCAGGGAGAAGAACAAACUGCAGGAAGAACUGCUCAAGAUUCGUGAGAAGUAUGAUGAGAUGAUGAAGGAGAUGAACACACAUUUGAUGCAGAGACAGCAUCUAAACAAAGAUCUCAAAAGAUUACAGGAGGAGAGGAAUGCAGCGAUGCAAGAAUACACAUUAGUAAUGAGUGAACGUGACACUGUGCACAAGGAAAUGGACAAGCUGCAGGAGGAACUCUCUCAGGCCAGUAAAAAGAUCAAGACAAUUGAACAGAGCACUAAUGACUCAACGAAAGAGCGGGAAUCACUUCUCCUUCAAAUAGAAAUGCUCAAGAGGGAAAUUGCAGCAUCUCUUCACGACCGUGAUAAGGCAAUUAAGGAAUGUAAUGACCUCCGAGAACGUUUUGGUGCCAAAGAGGACACUAACAAGGAGUGGGAAGGCUCUUAUAAGGAUCAUGACAACUAUAAGCAGGAAAGAGAAAUGACUUUGAAAGAGGGACCAGAUUUAGAUUCUAGCUCGCACAAUAUGUAUUCCAAGGCUCAGAAAGAACGCCUGGAUAAUUUAGAUCAAGCCAAUCAAGAAAUUGAUAGACUAAGAAAAACAAUUGAAAAGUUGCAGAGUGAGUUACAAGGCAGCAAGGGCGGAGCAGAAGGGAAAGGUGGCCAAAAAGCCAGGGCCAACGCCGGCGCCCGGAGAGUGAUCAGGCCCCGGCCAAGUGUCCCCGGCACUGCAGCAGGAAGAAUAAAUGUAAUGGCAUGCGACGCAGUGCGGUGUCAGCGAAUAAAGUUUAAUAGAAGCUCGACGCUGAUCACUUUGUCACCAGGAAUAGGACACAGCCCUUGUUUGCAUCUUUCGCAAAGAGAAACUGCAAAACCCAAUGAUCAAACACUUACAAAGGCACUCAUAACCAAAUGUUAUUGUGAAUGGAAGAAAAUAUGCAGUCUCAGAGAAACUAGUAAAGAUAUAUCUAGACUCAGAUUCAUAAAAAUUAGCAAAAACCUCAUCACAGUCAGGGAAGAUCUACAUUCUCCUUCAAAUAGAAAUGCUCUCAAGAUGGGAGGAUUAAAUUUGCAGUCAUCUCUUCACGACCGUGAUAUAGCUCAGAAAGAACGCCUGGAUAAUUUAGAUCAAGCCAAUCAAGAAAUUGAUAGACUAAGAAAAACAAUUGAAAAGUUGCAGAGUGAGUUACAAGAGGCACAACAAGAGGCAGAAGUAUCUAAGCGGCGACGUGACUGGGCUUUCAGCGAACGAGACAAAAUUGUUCAAGAAAGAGAGUCAAUUCGUGCUCACUGUGAUAAGUUGAGGAGAGAGAGAGACAGAGCUGUGUCUGAGUUAGCUGAAGCUCUUAGGGACUCAGAUGAUAUGAAAAAACAACGUAAUGAAGCAUCCAAAGAAUUAAAGGAACUGAAAGAAAGACUUGAGGCAGAACAGGAAAAGGCAGCUGUUGUCCGUCAGUUGGCAGCUCAUAAUCACUCAAGAGAUUCAGCAAUUGACACUGAUAUGCAAGAAUGGGAAACUGAUAUUCUUCAUUUGCCAAUUGGUGUUGUAUCUGAACGGGAUGUUGGGUUUGUUGUUGCUGGGGGUGCAGAUGACCCACACUACGGAGGGAAUGAUGGAGCUAUAUACGUCACACACAUUGCCAAAGAUGGUCCUUUUGAAGGAAAACUCAGGCUACAUGACCAAAUAAUUAAUGUGAAUGGAGUAGACUGCCAAAGAGUUCAUCGUUCAAGUGUUUAUGCUGCUGUUGUUAAUGGCGGUGGUUGGGUACAGAUGACUGUCAGACGCAGACGAAGUGGUGGCCGCAGUCUUCAUACAGUUCAUCUACACUGUCCCCACACUGCACAUCAUGGAUUAACGCUGCACACAGGGGUAUACAUAGCAAACAUCUUGCCUGGAAGCCCAGCUGCAAGAGAGAGUAAUUUAGCUGUGGGUGACAGAGUGCUCAAUAUAAAUGGGAAGCCAGUGGAUAAUAUUGGAAGUUGUGAGGAGGCACAGUGUUUAUUAGAUGCUGCAGGGGAGGUAGUUCAGCUAACAACAUUAAAGUCACAUGGAUCAUCCUCCUUGUCAGAUCCUCUUAGCUCCUCCUCAAGUGGCCAUAACAUCACUGAGGAUGACAAGUCAACAUCCUCUUCACGGCCAUACUCCUCCCCCACUUCUCCGUCCAAGGAGACAGGGGUCAGCCCAGGGCGCUCAGGGAGCAGAGAACUGGUGAAGAAACUGAUGCCAGGAUCAGGAGGGUCCCAUAGUGAAGAUAAUAGUUGCAAGAGAUAUGGAAGCAGUGAAAAGGUAGUUUAUAAUGUAACAAAGGCAGCUGGAGAUAAAGGCUCAGGGACUGGACCUUUUGAACUUUUCAAAAAUAUGGUGAAACCUAGAAGACACAGUAAAGAAAGAGCUGAAGAAAGAAGUGAGAGUAGAGAAAAAGAUGAAAAGAAGAAGCACUUAACAUCUGUCUUGGAUCAUGAAGCAGAAAGUGCAAUAGCUCAAUUAGAUUCUGUAAAUAAUUCUUAUCAUCAUAAGAGUGGCAGCAAUGGAGGGACAAGUACAACCAAGAGAUCCAAAAAGAGGGAGAAAGAUAAAUCUGGAGGCACUUGGCCCAAGUACAGAGGUGGGGGAGUGAGUACCAGGGAUGCAAACAGUAGCACAAUUAUGUACACAGAAAGGAAAAGAGAGAGACCUCAGCUCACUGUGUUCUUUCCAAACCCCAUGACUUCCCAGUAUUCAUGUGACGAGAAAUCUUACGAAAGUUACCACCAUGAUAGAUACAUGAGCUCAAGAUCAAGUCCUAGAGGUACACCAACUAGCCCAAGGAGUCAGCAGCUUUCCCCCUACAAUAAAAGUGUAGAUAUAAGUGCAAAACCUUCAUCUUAUAGUAGUGCAUCCCAAGUUUAUUCCAGUCCACAGUCCAGUAGUAAUGUAUAUCCCAGUCAAGAGGUGUAUUCUAAUGUAGGUCCACACAACACCUCUAUUGAAAGAAAAAGUGAGGAUUCAGAAAGAGAUAGAGAUCGUUUAAGUUCCCUUACAUCUGAUACGUCACUUGAUUUCUCUGUGAAGUCUGGGAAAGUUGGCAAGGCUGAGCUGGAGUACUAUGUAAAAAAGAAUAUUCUGAAGUAUCCUCCAAGUGAUAGUGAGAGCAUAGACAACAGUCUUCAAAUCAGUCAACCUCCUGUGUAUGGUACGAGGCCAUCCCCACUGCAUCAUGACCGCACUCCCAACUCACGCAUUCCUCACCCUCAUUCGGGGCUUUAUUCUCCACCAAAUCCACCUUUAAGAUCACCUCAAGGAUUUGGUCCUUAUCCUCAUUUGUCACAUUUCUCCCUCAGUCAUCCUCACCAGUAUCCUCAUAGUUCUGUAGGCUCUUCAAUAUCUGCCGUCUCUCCACGCUACUCGUCGCCUCCCACCUUGCCUGUGGUUCCUUCACACUACCUGUCACAAUCUAGGAGUGGAGAUAGCAUUUUUCCCUCUGGACUGGAACGUGAUCCCCGAGAUGGUCGGGGCUACUAUGAAAGCCGUCAGGCAUCCUCCCCCACACCAGUUGGUAUGAUUGGGACUGUAAGUGGUGGAGUUUUCUACCACUCUCCUUCCCCAUCACUAGAGUUGCCUGGCCAUCACAAACCCCGUACUCUUCAUCAUCUUCACCCAUACCGUCCAACAUCUGAUGAUCAUCCACUGCUUCCUCACCACUCUUGUCCUCCGUCUUACCACGAUUCUCAACGCUUCACGGGUACCAUGCCUCGCAAAAAAGAAGAUGAACGAAUCAGAAUACCAAGCAAUGCAAGUGUUGCAAGCAAGAGCAGUGGAGGGAAAGGGAGCAGCCUUGAGAGAACAUCAGAGAGAGGAUCCCCAAUGCCUUUUACAUGUUCCGUGGAAACAGUCGGUGGGGGUGGAGUGUCAGCAAGAGGACAACACAUCACUCACAUCACACACUCUGUGCACAACCCCCAUUAUCCGGACUAUACUUGGCAGAAGAGACCACAUUCAGGAGAAAUUAGAAAUAUUGACAUAGAAAAGUCUGCAGAGCCUCUGGGCAUCCAAAUUCGUUGUUUAGAGAAUGGGGGUGUUUUUGUCUCUGCAGUAACACUCAAUUCACUUGCCUCCCAGGUUGGGUUGUGUGUUGGUGACCAGUUAUUAGAGGUUUGUGGAAUCAAUUUGAGAUCAGCUACAAAGCAGUCAGCCUCAACAGUACUUUCCCAGUGUGGCACAUCUGUUACCAUGCUAGUCCAAUAUAAUCCAGAAAAAUACCAAGAAGCAGAAGGUUGGGUAGGCAGCAGCAGCAGCAGCAGUGUCGGAGGUUCUCGCUCGGGCACCCCAACCCCUCGCAACUCUCCCAAACCAACCUCGCAUGACUCUCCCCAUUCUGUAGAUGAUGAUAACAUGCCUCCAUCAUCUACAUCCACUCUCCGUAGCCCACUGGAUCUUCGUGACACUCUUGACCAUUCCCUUGAUCAUUCCUUGUCGCCUUCUGCUAGAUCCACACUCACCCGUCCUGAAAUUGCACAUGUGAUGAACUCGCUUAAAAGAGAAACAUUUUCAAGGCGUAGUGAGAAUGGUGGUGUUGGUAACAGUAAUGGUGGUGUUAGUAGUGGAGGCAAUAAUCCUGGAGCAGGCAGUGGAGGAAGUGGAGUCAGCCCUAAUAAUGCAAGCGCAGAACCAAGACUGGUGUACUUGGAGCUUAAUAAAUCCCACAAUUUGGGAAUACAGAUGGUUGGGGGAAAUGCUCUGGGGAUCUUUGUCCAUGCUGUUCCUCCAGACUCCCCGGCAGCUAAAGCUGGGCUCCGUCCCGGUGACCACAUCCUUGAGUACAAUGGAGUGGAUCUCCGACAUGCUACUGCUGAACAAGCUGCCUUUGAGCUUGCAAAACCUGCUGAUAAUGUUAAAAUGCUAGUGCAGUACAAUUACCAAAGAUAUGAAGAAAUUCAGGACAAACCUGGUGACAGCUUCUAUAUACGUGCAUUGUUUGAUCGAUUGGGUGACGCCGGGGAUUCUACUGAUCUUCGCUUUCGAAAAGAAGACAUUUUAUAUGUAGAUAACACAAUGUUUAACAAUGUGCCUGGUCAGUGGCGAGCAUGGGUUGUGGAUGAAGAUGGACAGAAAAGACAAUGUGGAACAGUUCCAAGCAAAGACAAGGUGGAGGAAGAGAUGAGGCUGCAGCGAAGUGUGGGUGACCUUCAGAUGGACUCAAGCCGAAGAGGGUCGACGGUUGAGGAGAGAGGAGACAGAGCUGUGUCUGAGUUAGCUGAAGCUCUUAGGGACUCAGAUGAUAUGAAAAAACAACGUAAUGAAGCAUCCAAAGAAUUAAAGGAACUGAAAGAAAGACUUGAGGCAGAACAGGAAAAGGCAGCUGUUGUCCGUCAGUUGGCAGCUCAUAAUCACUCAAGAGAUUCAGCAAUUGACACUGAUAUGCAAGAAUGGGAAACUGAUAUUCUUCAUUUGCCAAUUGGUGUUGUAUCUGAACGGGAUGUUGGGUUUGUUGUUGCUGGGGGUGCAGAUGACCCACACUACGGAGGGAAUGAUGGAGCUAUAUACGUCACACACAUUGCCAAAGAUGGUCCUUUUGAAGGAAAACUCAGGCUACAUGACCAAAUAAUUAAUGUGAAUGGAGUAGACUGCCAAAGAGUUCAUCGUUCAAGUGUUUAUGCUGCUGUUGUUAAUGGCGGUGGUUGGGUACAGAUGACUGUCAGACGCAGACGAAGUGGUGGCCGCAGUCUUCAUACAGUUCAUCUACACUGUCCCCACACUGCAUCAUCAUGGAUUAACGCUGCACACAGGGUUAAGAUAAAUGGGAAGCCAGUGGAUAAUAUUGGAAGUUGUGAGGAGGCACAGUGUUUAUUAGAUGCUGCAGGGGAGGUAGUUCAGCUAACAACAUUAAAGUCACAUGGAUCAUCUCCUUGUCAGAUCCUCUUAGCUCCUCCUCAAGUGGCCAUAACAUCACUGAGGAUGACAAGUCAACAUCCUCUUCACGGCCAUACUCCUCUCCCCACUUCUCCGUCCAAGGAGACAGGGGAUCAGGAGGGUCCCAUAGUGAAGAUAAUAGUUGCAGAAGAUAUGGAAGCAGUUGAAAAGGUAGUUUAUAAUGUAACAAAGGCAGCUGGAGAUAAAGGCUCAGGGACUGGACCUUUUGAACUUUUCAAAAAUAUGGUGAAACCUAGAAGACACAAGUGGCAGCAAUGGAGGGACAAGUACAACAAGAGAUCCAAAAAGAGGGAGAAAGAUAAAUCUGGAGGCACUUGGCCCAAGUACAGAGGUGGGGGAUAUUCAUGUGACGAGAAAUCUUACGAAAGUUACCACCAUGAUAGAUACAUGAGCUCAAGAUCAAGUCCUAGAGGUACACCAACUAGCCCAAGGAGUCAGCAGCUUUCCCCCUACAAUAAAAGUGUAGAUAUAAGUGCAAAACCUUCAUCUUAUAGUAGUGCAUCCCAAGUUUAUUCCAGUCCACAGUCCAGUAGUAAUGUAUAUCCCAGUCAAGAGGUGUAUUCUAAUGUAGGUCCACACAACACCUCUAUUGAAAGAAAAAGUGAGGAUUCAGAAAGAGAUAGAGAUCGUUUAAGUUCCCUUACAUCUGAUACGUCACUUGAUUUCUCUGUGAAGUCUGGGAAAGUUGGCAAGGCUGAGCUGGAGUACUAUGUAAAAGAAUAUUCUGAAGUAUCCUCCAAUCAUCCUCACCAGUAUCCUCAUAGUUCUGUAGGCUCUUCAAUAUCUGCCGUCUCUCCACGCUACUCGUCGCCUCCCACCUUGCCUGUGGUUCCUUCACACUACCUGUCACAAUCUAGGAGUGGAGAUAGCAUUUUUCCCUCUGGACUGGAACGUGAUCCCGAGAUGGUCGGGGCUACUAUGAAAGCCGUCAGGCAUCCUCCCCCACACCAGUUGAGUUGCCUGGCCAUCACAAACCCCGUACUCUUCAUCAUCUUCACCCAUACCGUCCAACAUCUGAUGAUCAUCCACUGCUUCCUCACCACUCUUGUCCUCCGUCUUACCACGAUUCUCAACGCUUCACGGAAUACCAAGCAAUGCAAGUGUUGCAAGCAAGAGCAGUGGGGGAAAGGGAGCAGCCUUGAGAGAACAUCAGAGAGAGGAUCCCCAAUGCCUUUUACAUGUUCCGUGGAAACAGUCGGUGGGGGUGGAGUGUCAGCAAGAGGACAACACAUCACUCACAUCACACACUCUGUGCACAACCCCCAUUAUCCGGACUAUACUUGGCAGAAGAGAGCCUCUGGGCAUCCAAAUUCGUUGUUUAGAGAAUGGGGUGUUUUUGUCUCUGCAGUAACACUCAAUUCACUUGCCUCCCAGGUUGGGUUGUGUGUUGGUGACCAGUUAUUAGAGGUUUGUGGAAUCAAUUUGAGAUCAGCUACAAAGCAGUCAGCCUCAACAGUACUUUCCCAGUGUGGCACAUCUAAUACAAGAAGCAGAAGGUUGGGUAGGCAGCAGCAGCAGCAGCAGUGUCGGAGGUUCUCGCUCGGGCACCCCAACCCUCGCAACUCUCCCAAACCAACCUCGCAUGACUCUCCCCAUUCUGUAGAUGAUGAUAACAUGCCUCCAUCAUCUACAUCCACUCUCCGUAGCCCACUGGAUCUUCGUGACACUCUUGACCAUUCCCUUGAUCAUUCCUUGUCGCCUUCUGCUAGAUCCACACUCACCCAAUGGUGGUUUGGUAACAGUAAUGGUGGUGUUAGUAGUGGAGGCAAUAAUCCUGGAGCAGGCAGUGGAGGAAGUGGAGUCAGCCCUAAUAAUGCAAGCGCAGAACCAAGACUGGUGUACUUGGAGCUUAAUAAAUCCCACAAUUUGGGAAUACAGAUGGUUGGGGGAAAUGCUCUGGUCUUUGUCCAUGCUGUUCCUCCAGACUCCCCGGCAGCUAAAGCUGGGCUCCGUCCCGGUGACCACAUCCUUGAGUACAAUGGAGUGGAUCUCCGACAUGCUACUGCUGAACAAGCUGUUGAGCUUGCAAAACCUGCUGAUAAUGUCAAAAUGCUAGUGCAGUACAAUUACCAAAUGAGAUAUGAAGAAAUUCAGGACAAACCUGGUGACAGCUUCUAUAUACGUGCAUUGUUUGAUCGAUUGGGUGACGCCGGGGAUUCUACUGAUCUUCGCUUUCGAAAAGAAGACAUUUUAUAUGUAGAUAACACAAUGUUUAACAAUGUGCCUGGUCAGUGGCGAGCAUGGGUUGUGGAUGAAGAUGGACAGAAAAGACAAUGUGGAACAGUUCCAAGCAAAGACAAGGUGGAGGAAGAGAUGAGGCUGCAGCGAAGUGUGGGUGACCUUCAGAUGGACUCAAGCCGAAGAGGGUCGACGUCUGCUCGACGCUCCUUCUUCAAGCGCAAAAAACAUUCCCGAUCAUCAUCCAGAGACUCCAAAGAGUUAGCCAGCUUUUCUGAUGCCUCUCUCAACUCUUACACAGAGUCUACACCGAUGCAUGAAGAGCCUGUUCCACACUCCUACAUCAGAGUGGAAAGGCUAGACUAUCUGGUGCGUCGUCCAGUGGUGAUGGUGGGUCCACUGUGGGAAAUAGUCUGUGACAAACUGGUUCAUGAUUAUCCACACAAUUUUACGAGAUGUGUGCCAGAGGUCAGUUGGCUCUCCUGUGAUGAAAUGGAGACUGCAGUCCAGAAGAACUUGAUUGUUGACUAUCGGCGGAGGGGAUCUCACUUCGAGGCAACAACUGUCAGUCAAGUGAAAGAAAUAUGCGAUAAG